AUGGCAGCUACACAACCCGAAACUCCCUCAUCAUCGGCUGCUACAGCAGUAGCAGCCGCCGGAAAGGUCUCUCAGCCCGAAUGGCAGGUCCCCAAAAAGCAGCUCGCAGAGCCGGAGCUCAAGAUGUACAACUCGCUCACCCGAUCCAAGGUACCCUUUGUACCCAAAAAGGGCCGAACCGUCACCUGGUACAACUGCGGUCCCACAGUCUACGAUGCCAGCCAUAUGGGUCACGCCCGUAACUACGUCACGCAGGACAUCAUCCGCCGUAUCCUCCGCGACUAUCUCGGCUACGACGUCCACUUUGUCAUGAACAUUACCGACAUUGACGACAAGAUCAUUAUCAAGGCACGCCACUCGCAUCUCAUCUCGCAGUUCCGCUCGCAGCAUCCUCAGCUCACCAAGCCCCUCCUCGCUACCGUCCAGGACGCUUGGUCUGCCUACUUCGCUAAAAACCUCGAGCGAUUCGCUCCCCCCGUGCCACCACAGGAGCAGCAGGGCGGACUCGCAGCCCAAGCGAGCAACGCAAGAGCAGGAGAGGCUGGCUUUGAGGAGAUUGCUCGACUGCGCCAGGAUGCUGCUUGGCUUAAGGCGGCUUCCGACAAGGAGCCCAAGUUUGGUAUGUGGUUUGCCGCCCUCGACAAGUCGCGCCAAGCCCAGGUCGCUGCCGCCAUGUCGCUCGCCGCUGCAGACUCGUCGCCCGAAGCGGCUUCCAACCUCAUUGACGCAUCUGAAGACGUUCUCGCCGCCUACCUCGACAAGCAGUUUGGCAGCACCGUCACCGAUCCCGCCAUCUUCCGCGACACCGCGGCCUACUGGGAGGCAGAGUACUUCAAUGAUAUGAAGCGACUCCACGUCGAGCCUCCUACCACGCUCACCCGCGUAAGUGAGUACGUCCCUGAAAUUGUUACCUUCGUGCAGCAGAUCAUCGACCGCGGCUAUGCUUAUGCCGAGGGCGUCGACGAGGACAAGAAGAACGUAUGGUUCGAUACACGCGCCUUUGACGGCGCCAAGAGUCAGGACGGCAGCUUCGAGCAUUCGUACGCGAAACUGCAGCCCUGGUCCAAGGGCAACCGCGAGCUGCUCGAGGAAGGGGAGGGUUCGCUGUCCACCUCGACUACGGCAACGGCAGGCAAGCGCGCUGCUUCAGACUUUGCGCUUUGGAAGGCGUCCAAGCCCGGUGAGCCCGCUUGGCCGUCGCCUUGGGGUCCCGGCCGUCCUGGCUGGCACAUCGAGUGCUCCGUGAUGGGCUCUGCCGUGCUCGGCGACACCAUGGACAUCCACUCGGGCGGUGUUGACCUCAUGUUCCCGCACCACGACAACGAGAUCGCCCAAUCCGAAGCACACCACGGCUGCCGUCAGUGGGUCAACUACUUUUUACACACGGGUCAUCUCCACAUCGAGGGGCUCAAGAUGUCCAAAUCCCUCAAGAACUUUAUCUCAAUCGACGAGGCGCUCGAACGCUUCACGGCACGCCAGUUGCGCAUGUCCUUCCUCCUGCAGCCUUGGCACGGACGUAUGGACUUCAAGCAGUCGGCGCUGGGUGAGGUCAAGAAUGCCGAGUCGGCGUUCAACAACUUUUUCGUCGGUGUCAAGGCAAAGAUGGCCGAAGCGAAAGCGCUGGGCGUGGCCUACUCGGACGGACAGCACCACUAUGAAGCUGGCGAAAGAGCGUUGAUGCAGAACCUCGAGGAGGCGCAGCAUGCGUUCCGCGAGGCCAUGUGCGACUCGUUCGAUACGCCCAAAGGCAUGGAGAUCCUACUUGACCUCGUGAGCAAGGCCAACAUCUACGAGAAGAGCCACGACAAGCGUGCCGAUGUCAACAUUGGCGUCAUUGCCGCUGUGGCACGAUACGUGGGUGAUAUGCUCAAGAUGCUCGGUCUGGGCGAAGGUGCUGCGCUGUCGGCGAGCCAGGAGAUUGGAUGGGGUGUUGCGGACGAGGCAGGCGAUGGUACGGCAGCUGUGAACAAGGAGGAGCUGCUCAUGCCCUAUCUGCGUGCGCUCAGCACCUUCCGCGAUGCGGUGCGCAACCUGGCCCGAAGCUCCGCGCCUGCCUCAGAGUACCUCAAGCUCUCCGAUGCGUUGCGCGACAACGACCUCGUCGACCUCGGCAUCUCGCUCGAAGACACCGAGGACGGUAAAGCGCUUGUCAAGCUGGUCCCCGCCGCUCAGCUGCAGGCUGCCAAGCGGGAGAAGGAGGCUGCACUGGCCGAGAAGGCGGCAAGAAAGGCACAGGCUGCCGAACAGGCGCGGUUGAAGAGGUUGGAAAAUUUGGAAAAGGGUCGAAUGGCUCCGGACCAGAUGUUCAGGACAGAAGAAUACUCGGAGUGGGACGAGAGGGGGCUACCGGUCAAGGACAAGGAGGGCGCAGAGCUGGCCAAGAAGAGACGGAAGAACUUGGAGAAGGACUUCGAGAAGCAGACCAAGCUGCACAAGGACUUUUUGGAGGCUAAGGAGAAGGGGGAGAUUCAGUAG